AUGGCACGCACCACUGAGGUACAUGAUAAUUCUUCACCACUAUCAUCAACACCAACACAAAACCAUGAAAUCAGAGAAACCAAAACCAACCAAAAACUUCCAUUUUAUAAGCUCUUCAAUUUCGCGGAUCGUCUUGAUGUAACACUGAUGAUCAUUGGCACUAUCGCUGCCGUGGCUAAUGGUUUGUCUCAGCCUCUCAUGACUCUUAUCUUUGGGAAACUCAUCAAUGCUUUUGGUGGUUUUGAUCCAUCAGCCAUCGUUAAACAAGUUUCUAAGGUAUCUUUCUUAUUUGUUUACCUGGCUGCUUGGGCUGGAAUAGCAUCGUUUCUACACCAGGUAUCGUGUUGGAUGGUGACAGGAGAAAGACAAGCCACGAGGAUUCAUAGUUUGUACUUAAAAAUGAUAUUGAAACAAGAUAUCGCGUUCUUUGACACCGAAACGAACACAGGAGAGGUAAUUGGUAGAAUGUCUGGUAACACAAUUCUCAUUCAAGAUGCCAUGGGAGAAAAGGUUUGGUUCCUUUUUUUAAUCUAUCAUGUUUUCAGUGGAAAUGAGGUGAGUCUAUUAACAAAUGAGAACAUCUAUUUGUAUGUUGUAGAGGUAUCGUGUUGGAUGGUGACAGGAGAAAGACAAGCCACGAGGAUUCAUAGUUCGUACUUGAAAAUGAUAUUGAAACAAGAUAUCGCGUUCCUUGACACCGAAACGAACACAGGAGAGGUAAUUGGUAGAAUGUAUGGUGACACAAUUCUCAUUCAAGAUGCCAUGGGAGAAAAGGUUUGGUUCCUUUUUUUAAUCUAUCAUCUUUUCAGGGAAAUGAGGUGA